UCUCGUGAGGAUCGUGACGCAGUAGAGACGAGUCCAGGAGAGCGUCGAUAGUUUGGGAAAACCAUGGGGUUCGUCAGGAUCAUUUGACCCACGGGAACGACUCCAGGCUCGGUGGAUCGUGCUACCUCGUUUGAUACUACAGAUCGGUAUGCACUGCCUAGGUGCGGUGAUUGGAGGCAUUCCCAGCCCAAAUGGGGUUGGUGGUCGGGGUGGCAUUCUUAGCGUGUUCCGAGCCCUUGGAGUCCUUGUGUGCGAGGGGAGGAUUCAGGGCCCUCCACGUGGUUACAAAGAGGGCCCGCACUGCGCGGCGCCCAUGCAGGCGAUUUCCAAAGACCAUGCGUGCGAGCAAGAUAAUUACUUGUGUGAUCGAUACGUUGUGCUUGUUCGAGAGAUCGCGGAUCGUACCGCGAUCGGUUCGUACUUGUGCAUCGAAGUAGUAUUGUGCAGCGACUGUCCGUGCGGUUUGGCAAAAGCGACGAACAAGAACCCGAUCAGUACCGUGCCGUCCUUAUCAAUUUCGCCAUGGCAACACGCGUCGGAGAUGCUGCUGGAGUACUGGUGUAUUUACGUCGUUCCCAGCAAGAGCCCAGAGACGAUGAAUUAUUACGGGCUGUACCAGGCGGUACGUUCACGGCUUCACUUCAGCCAAGUCGCGGCCUGGUGGUCCAGGAGCAACGGCGCCGAGCCGAGCUGCAUCGCGACAAGGGUGGUGCCGUGUAACGAGGAAAAUCUGAGGAAGUUUCGUGAGACCCCUGUGGAGCAUACCUUCCCUCUAGCUGGCAACGGCGAUGGAAAUUCGAUAAAGGUCACCGUGUGGGCACUACCGAGGAUGGAGGAGGUGCCGAUUCUCACCUGUCCGCUCCAUCCGAUCAAAGAGAAGGACGACGAGGCUGUUGCUAGGGCAUUGACGCCCACCAAAGCGAUCCCAGUCCCCAGUGUUUCCCAGACCGCCGAGGGCCUCGUUUUGCCUGCUUUGGUGGACGACAGGCUCCAGACGCCUUGUAACAAGCUCGGCAAGCAUCACUGUAGUUGCGAGGAGGAGGACGCACCGCCGCCAUCGCCGUCGAUCCCACGACCGAAUAGCGAACGGAAACGGCGACGAUCGCUUCCUUGUGGACCUGCAGAGGUGAAUCAAUCGAGUGUGACGGUGGUCCAACCGAUGCCUCUGCCCUCGGUGCAGGAAUCAACGACGCAAGAACCGAAGGAGAGCCAAAGCUCGAGCUACCCGAAGUGUUCGUCUGAGAUCACGAAGAACCGCGUGAAACCUGUACAGGUACAGAGCUGCAAGCUGGAGGAGAACGGUGUUAGGAAUCGCAACAAUCUGAAUUCCGACAACCUGGAACGUUGUUUCAAAGCUCAGCUGAGCAUCGAGGAACGCGAGGGGAACGUGGAGAAACGUUACAAAAGAUCGAUCGAGGAUCCUGAACCAGCGAAAUCUAGUGGCGGCUGCACGGACAAACAGUGCAAUCUGGAGAAGAAGGACGUGCAAGGUAGUAGCAAGAAGAUGAAAGAGACAGAGAGCAAACCAACAGAGAAGAAUGGAUUGUUCGAAAAUUUGAUACCAUUCAAUUCCUCGUUACCGUGGUCUUUCGUCGACUCAUGGAACAACAGCGCCGCGAAUGGGAAAUGCGCGUUCCAGAGCCUGCGCGGGAACAAGGAGAGCUACUUGAACGAUCCCGAGAGAACCUGCAAAUCGGCCAUCGCCAAGGACACGAGUCUCGUGAUAAAUCCGUUCAGGCAGCCGAGUCCUUUCCACGAAUCAAAUCCAGGCCCAUCGACGAAUAAUCGGGUGAAGCAAGAAUCCUUGAAUUCCGUUUGCAUGGUGCAUCAGAGUUGUACGAAACCGUCAAACAAGUUGCCCGCCGCGGUGUGCCACGGGCAGGAAGUGGCGCAAACGAGCUUGGACAGUGGCGCGAAUAAUAAAGGGAGAAAUGGAAAGGAUCUGAGUCAAUUGAUGUCCAAGUUGUCGUUCCCCGAAGACAAAGAGAAGUCGAAAGAGGAAGGAGGAUUCUUGGACUGGUUCACCAAGGUUCCUGGAAGGGUGCUGGGCGUGGCGCCAAGCAAUGGCUACGUGGAGAACAAGGUUAAAGCCACGAAUCUGAAGAGCCAGGAUCAACACGGGAACGAGGUCAAAUUCAAGAACUGCAACCUGGAACUGAGUCAACGGGAAUUCGAUGAGGUACUAGCGGUGUUGAGGGCCAGGACACCGUCAGGUAGGAAGAGGACCAGCGCCAAGACGAUGAGGAGACGCGAGAGGACGGAGAAGUCGAUCGAGGACGGGACGAACCGGAAGUAUGUAAAUCUGGAGGACAGUGAAUGUUCGACGAACAACAUAGUGAAUCGCGCCAAGGCCUGCGACAGUUGCAGCCACAAGUUAUGUCGCAAAAACGAUCAGCUAGCGUUGGAGAAGACCCACUUCAGUGAGAUCUAUGGCAAUAAGAAUAUCUACCAUCCAUCACAGAAGCGGGAGAAGAUUGACGGUGGUUCGAGCGAGGAGCUGCAACCGAUCAAAUGCAAUAACACCGAGAAACGGGCGAACGAACCAGUGGAUUGUCUGCAGAACGUCUCGAACAAAGCGGACAUACUGUUGGGAGCAAUCUUACGAACCAGUAGAGAACGAAGGAACCUGCCAGAGGUUUCCAGCGGGACCAAACCCCGGCCCGUGUUGCCAGCUACGACCACGAGCGAGGCGGAGACCAGUCGAAGCACCGUGGAUAACGAGAAAAUGUAUCAGGAACAGAGGACAGCUGCGUUGGAGGACGAGAAGUCGUUGCACAUGGCGUUGAACAAGCGUUUCAAUCGGAUCCGGCAGCUUUUCAAGAAGGAUCAAGAGAAGAAGCAUGAAGACAAUAGCCUGGAAGCAGCCCAGUCGCUAGUUCAACGUUCGUUCUCGUACAACAACGUCCAGCCGAGUCUGCACGAUCCAAAGAACCUGAGGGACAUCAAGGCGAAGAGGCGGAUAAACUUCACGAGCCUCGAGGAGUCUGAGAAAACCGAGACGUGUACCGAUCCUUCAGAGCUUAGUACAAAUGGCGCACAUCAAAACUCAAGAACCUAUAGUACAAAUUACAAGGAGGAUAGCAACGGCAGCUAUGACACUCCCGAGACGCCCAAGUGGCUGAACAGCAGACUGCAUAGUACAAACCAGGAAGACAGCACAGUCGAACAGGAGGAUGAAGAGGAGGAGGAGGAGGAGGAGGACGAUGAGGCUGUUUCAAAAUUGCUCAAGGAUCCGAAGCCAGCGAAACGUCGAAACAACGCCAAGGACAAUACGAGCACGGAGGAUGACGAGAUCCUCGACAGGAUAGUACCAACUGCCAUCGAGCAAGAAAGGUUUCGCAGGUCUCUGGAGAACGCAGCUUCGAUGGUGUUCCACAGCAGGACUGGGUUGCCAUUGACAUCAAGCCCGGCACCGUUGAGAAGAGGCAGCUGCUGCUUUGAUUACGAUAGUAGCUUGAAUUCUGUGUCCUCGAAGAGAAGUGCAUUAUUCGAGUUGAACACCCCGCCAAGUCCAGGCGCGGUGUCCUUGGAGGAGACCGACAGGGAGACCGAGAAUGUUGGGGAGGGCGAAGGAACACCCAAAAGACGAUCCACGUCUCGCAGCAGACCGCAGAGUCAUGCUCUUCUGGGUAGCUUCGAGGAAUCAGCAUUGAACGGCAGACUCGAACCGGUGUCAACGGUUCACGGUUUCACAGCCGAGCUCGGUGCAAGCGGUUCUUUCUGCCCGAAACAUCGAAAGCUUCCGGUCACCGUGUUCUUUUACACGCUCGGUGACAAUGAUAAAGUUUCCACGCCCUAUCUCGCACAUAUUAAUUUGGGCAAAAAGGGCUACCAAGUACCAAGAAGCGGUACUAUUCAAGUAACGCUUCUCAAUCCCUUGGGUACAGUCGUUAAGAUGUUCGUAGUACUAUACGAUCUUUCUGACAUGCCGCCACGAUCUCAUACUUUUUUACGUCAGAGAACACUGCGGGACAAAACGCUACGCUACCUCGUUCAUCUUAGAUUUAUGUCCGGCAAGUCGGGUCGGAUUUACUUGCACACGGACAUCCGUAUGAUCAUAUGUCGGAAGUCUGACGUGGACACGGCGUCGGACUUCGGGUCCGAGCCGCCGAAGGAAUUACGGAGCUACAUCCACGGCCCGACAAAUCCGAAAUUUUCGCCAAGGUGCUGAGCCACGUGGCUCUUUCCGUGGGGUUGCUGCCAGUCGCUACGCUCGCCUAGCCCCCUUCACGCAGAGGUAUAAAACUUGCGUCUCCGUCGCUGAUUUCUCGGGGAGAAAAUGUUCCAUUUGUUCGGAAGAAAAAAUGAGGCUGGUUGUUGAACGCAGACGAUGAUACAAAUGAGCUGCGAAUUAAAGAGAGAAACCCCGGAAAUGGGAGGGUUCGAUUGAAAUCAGUGUCCAGGAAAUGUUGCUUUUCGAGAGAGAAAUUAUGUAUUUGGAAAAACGGAAGAAAAUGUCGGAUGACAUGGGAACGAUGGAUGGAAAGUCCUACUGCUAGCUGUGGAAGGGAUACGAGCCUUUAUCCAGGGGACGGUUUUGGAAAGGAUUCGACGGGAAAUGUUUGUGGAAGCGGUCUGUCCAAGAAGGGAAGGGUUGAUUGGAAGACGUGGAAGGGUUGCGAAAGGAUUUUUUUAAGGAUGCGUACCUUUCUUCGUGCGAAGCAGGCGUGUAGGUUUUGUUUUGGGAAUGAUUGUUGCGAAGAAAGGAGAUGAUAUUGGUGCGUUGUACAUGGACACGAAUAACUUUUGGAGGAAAAUUGUUUAAACGGGAACGGUUGUUUCCGUGGGAGAAAUAUUUGAGAAGUGAAACGAAA